UGUCGCUGGUGGACGCGCUUCGGCGGAUUGCGAUUAAUAUUUAUUGAUUCGGUGCCUUAUAAUACAAAUCGGUUUGAGUGUUUGUGAUAAUUAACUGCCCAAGUGGCGAAUAAAAAUCAAAUAAAUCGACAAACUUUUAAGGAUCAAACAGAAACGGCUGCAAUGUGCAAUAUAUAAUUGCUGUCUUAGGGGAAGACCAUAGAAGCGGAAUGGAGUCCAGCAGCAGUGUCGUGGCGGAGAUGGAUACCUCCAGUCCAGGUGAUCACGGCCAGCCCACCCAGAUCACCUCCAUCGAUGGCUUCUUCAAUCGAAAGCGGGGUCGUCCGCCAAAGAAUCGCUUUGUGGAGGUCUACAAGAGCGCCCAGCACUCGCCGCAGGCCAUCUUCACCAGCUUCAAGCUGGAGAGAAGCGAUCACUCCGGUCACGGAGCACCUGUUUCUAGUGGGUCAAUGGUGGAUAAUGCGGAGGAUCGUUUGUCUCUGGCCGAUCACGAUGGAUCAGCCACUGAUCUCACACCUAGUCGGAACCGGAAGAGGGGUCGUGUUUGGGCCCCAUCAUCAUCAUCUUUCGCCUUGGAGCAGUCGAACAGGAAAAGCUCUGUUCAUGUCGCCACUUUGGCAGCCAGGAGUGAGACGCUGUCUCGGAGUAGCCGCAAUGAGUCUUUAGCCCAGCCCACUUUACAGCCCACAGAAACUUUAGAAACAGUAUCUUCAAAGAUCCUACCAAGCAGAGCUCUGGACAAAGUUUCUGUUGUUCGUGCGGCGGGCACUUUUUACCCGGAGAAUGCGAAUUCAGCUGGGCAACAGGAAGUGUCGGAAGUGGGUGCCUCGAGUUAUAGAAAUCGCCAGGAAGCGGCCAACUUGGAUGUGGACCAGCCGGAGGAUCUGAGCAUGCGUCCGUCGCUUCCCGAGGCAAAUGCGGCGGCAGCGGAAGUGGGACCAGCUCUGAAUAUGAAUCUGCUGCAGUUCAAGCAGCUGAUCGAUUUGUACCAGCGACAGGUGCUAUUGCCCAGCUUCCUGGCGGCAGCCAGUCAACCUUUGGCCACCGGGUUGCCGGUAGGAUCGGUAUCAGGAUCAGGAGGAGCAGGAGUAACUGGACCCCUUCUGGACAUGCGACUUUUGCUGGAGAAUGCCGCCCAUCAGAAGCUGUUGCUCCUAAAUGCCGCUGCUAGUGCAACAGCAAGUGCGGUGGCAGCUUCGACUGCGGACUCCGGCCAUCGGACUCCGGUGAAAAGGGUCCGUGAUCAUGACAUUCCCACCGGCUACCUUAAAUUCCGUUUCAACGAGGACUGCGGCUUCGAGCGAUGCGGCUACCGGAAUCACCAGUCGCACUUCCACUGCAAUCGCCGGGACUGUCACUACAGUUUCUGCGACAAGACGCGAUUCGUGCAACAUACGGCGCGACACGAGCGAAUGGACACUCUCAUGGGCGACGACUUCCGCCAGUUUCGGGCCAACAUGCAAUGCGGAGUGGCCAGCUGUUCUUACGCUUCAGCCACGGAGUCCAGCCACCAAAAUCGGAUAGAUCCCACCGAGUCGGGCACGGCGUCCUCCCGGAAGACGUCGCACUUCCACUGCCGCAAGUGCGACUACGUGUGCACGGACUCCAACAAGGUGGUGGCCCACCGGAGACUGCACCUUCGCCAGGAUUACGUGCGGAGUGCGGGAUUCCGCAAGGUGGGCGGAAACGAGCCAUGCGAUUCGCCGGGCUGCUCGUACGCCCAGCGGCACACCCACUACCACUGCGACACCUGCGACGGCGGCGUCCUUUCGCGGGCCCAACUGGCGGCCCACAAGCACCGGACAGCGUUUCCCAAACCGGAUGCGGUGACCACUCCCUAGAAUAUCCUAGAAUAUCGUCUGAAAAUACCCAAGGAAGUCCG